AUGGAGAACAACCGAGAUUUUGCUCUUCCUGAUGGUGUCGAAGGCAAUGCUGACUCAACCUUUGCCCAGUACAACAUGCCUAAGCACACUGAGCUUUUGGCUGGUAUUCGAUUACCGGCCAUCGACAUGUCUAGUUUCGAGCUGAACCCGUCUACUAUUCAGAUGUUGGGCAACAAUGCUUUCCGGGGUAGGCCGAACGAAGACCCGAACGCACAUUUAACUCGCUUUAAGAUGAUGUGCCGUUCUAUCAAGAGAGAUAGCAUGGUGACAGAGGAUACACUUCGCUUAAUUGCUUUCCCCUGGACUCUCCUGGAUGCUGCUUUGGAAUGGUGUUAUGAUUUGAUACCUGAUUCCAUCCACACCUGGGAACAGUUGGAAGUGCAGUUUAUGUCAAACAUUUUCCCAGCUCACCGCACUCAAGCUGCUCUUUCUGGCAUUCAUUCAUUCAAGCAAGAUCAUGGGGAAAGUCUUUAUGACGCUUGGAAGAGGUACAAGGGAUAUCAAAAGUCUUGCCCUCAUCACGGGCUAGAUAAGAACUACCUGAUCAACACCUUCUUCCGAAGACUCAGGAUGGAUACCAAGACCUUGAUCCAGGCAUCUUGCGGUGGGAGCAUCCAGAACAAGUCAUUCGCUGAGCUAGAAGAACAUAUUGAGAUGAUGGCCCAAGAAGAAGACUCUCCGAAUGAGUACUCUAGAGAUUUGCCAAGGAAAGGCAAUGAUCAAACCAUACAGAUGGUCCUCGAACAAUUGGCUGUCCUCAAUGCUAAGUUCGAAGAUUCCACUCGAUCCUCUAGGACCGAACAUUCGAAGCCAACACAAGAGGAGCUCGGUAUGUACGCACUAGAUGAGAGAAUCGAAGGUGUGAACUAUGUGGCCAACAACCCCUACUCGAACGCGUACAAUCCGGGGUGGAAAAAUCAUCCCAAUCUCUCAUACAAGUCAAACAGUGUUGAGAAUCCCGCGUCGAACAACUUCAGAUUCGCAAGCAUCGAGGCUCACUUCAAGAACAUAGACAACCGGAUUGCUCAGCUAGCAUCAGCCAUUCAAAGACCAUCUGGGUCUCUUCCAGGUAACUCUGAGACUAACCCUCGUGCGCAUGUCAAUGCUAUUACCUUAAGAAGUGGUAAGCAGGUAGAUUCUGGAGAUCCACCGAUGGUUGAGCAAGGCGAUAGUUCGAGAACCACAGUUUUAGACACUGCUGAUGAUACACCUGAGCCAGCUUACGUGCCUCCUCCUCCUAGACCACCACCAGUACCGUUUCCAUCUCGCCUGAGAAAGCACAAUGAAGACAGCCAAUUCGCGAAGUUCGUUGAGAUGCUGAAGAAACUUGAGGUAACCACGCCAUUCACUGACGCUAUUUUGCAGAUUCCCUCGUACACGAAGUACCUCAAGGACAUUCUGCCCAAGAAGAGGGUCACUGAGAAAGAAACUAUGGCGCUUACUGCCGAAUGCAGCGCUUUGAUCCGACACGAACUCCCGCUUAAGCGGUCCGAUCCAGAUGUGCCAUUGAAAGUCGGAAACUUCUAUAUCCCGGUUGACUUUGUGGUUCUCGACAUGGACGAAGAUCCUAAGGUACCUAUCAUCCUUGGUCGUCCAUUCCUUAAUACUGCAGAUGUUGUUAUCCAUGUUAGAGCAAGUAGACUGGCCAUGAAGAUUGGAGAUGAGACGGUGGAGUUCACAUUGGACAAAAAUCUCAAACAACCGGCAUCAACAGAAUCUGCCUGCUUCAUAAACACACUCGACGAUUCAGCUCAGAAGUAUGAACCGAUCGUUUUAGGCCAGGGAACCGAUCGGUUUGAACAUGAUCUCAAUGCCGGAAUUUUAUAG